AUGGAUGAGUACGAGGCAUGCAUCCGUGGCAUCAAAAUGGCUGUCGACAUGAAGAUCAAUGAACGUUUGGUUAUAGGAGAUUCCGAUUUAUUGAUAUACCAAGUGCAAGAAGAAUGGUCAACGAAUAAUGUCAAAAUAUUGUCAUACCUGCACUACAUGAAGGAACUAUGCAGGAUGUGCACGAAGAAAGAGUUCACGCAUUUCCCAAGAGUUAAAAGCGAGUUCGCAGACGCCCUCGCGAUAUUAUCAUUCAUGAUUCAGCAUCCAGAUAAGAACUACAUAGACCCCAUCGAGAUAGAAAUUAGAGAUCAACAUGCAUAUUGCUUGCAUGUGAAUAAAGAACCAGAAGCCAUCAACCGUUUCACCAUAUGGGUUGAGGAAUCUACUUACAAGGCCAUCACAAAGAAGCUAGCUGCAGAUUUUGGCCGGAACAACAUCAUUUGCAGAUUUGGGAUACCAGAGUCUAUCAUCACUGACAAGACUCCUAAUCUCAAUAGUGACCUCAUGAGGGAAAUCUGCGAGAAGUUUAGAAUCGUCCACCGCAACUCCAUAACUUACAGAACACAAAUGAAUGGGGCAGUUGAGGCAGCUAACAAAAAUAUCUAG